GGAAGUCGAUAUUUUGGGGAGACUCCCGACAACCUAGCAACUGCAUCGCUCUGUCGGACCAGCUUUUGACUGUUACAGUGAGCACCCACGUUGUGUGUAGCCUGCUCUGCGCCGCCCGACGCUGUGAGGCGUUCGAAUUCGACAACGGCGUUUGCACGGUGUCGAAAGUCACGUUGCCUGGCAGCCUGACCGCCACAUUCCGGACCCCCGUGCCUACCAACACCUCCACGGAGGUAGCGCGUGGCAAGCCAGUCACUGCCGUCCCCAACUACAUGACCUUGACGAAGGAGUUCGCAGUCGACGGCCGCAACGACACCAGGUAUCAUUCGGAUGCUACAGGAGCGUAUAAGACCCCGUGGCUCCUCGUCAACUUGGUGGGAGCCAUGUUGGUGCAGAAAGUUCGACUGCUUCCUUACGUUGGUGUAAUGCCAGGGCGAAUUAACAACUACCAGAUUCUGCUUGGCAACGACGUGCCUCCCACUGCGAUGGACUUCAGCCAGUACGACUUGGUGGGGGCCAUCCCCGGGCCGGUCCCCUUGGGGGAGAAGUGGUACGAGUUCGACGUGUCGCCCCCUCGCUGCAGCCGCUACGUCGCUGUAUACAAAAACGUCGCGACUACUGACUACAUCAUGGAGAUCUCGGAGAUGGAAGUCUUUGUCUUGAACUAAAA